CCGUUUCGAUUGUCUUUUUUGCAGAUAAAUCUUAGCUUUAGUUUCUUGAGAUUUAAUGUGUUGUUGAUAUUGUUUUGCCGCUUCACGAACCUUGACAAACGGUUUUUAAUGUGAGAGGAGUAGUUUAGUCAUGUUUGUUAUCUCCGGAGUCGUUUGAAUCAUUGCGUGUGAAUUUUUCUUGGUGUGUUUUUAUGAUAGUUCGUGCAUUUUCGCCUUCGGGAGUGAGUGUUAAUGCUAGAGAUGAGUUUUUGCAGGUUUGUAUGUCUGUGAUUGAUUGCUGUUCUACGCACUGUUCCCGCUGUGGCUUGUUUCGUCGGUUUUUUUGUAAAUUCGGUAGCGUAUUUUUUGAAGCUAAUUUUCUGCUGGUCUAGGGUUUAUGAAAGAGUCUAGGGCAUCUUGUCCAAAGUAUUCCGUGCUGCAGGAAAUCGAAUAUAAUAAACUUAAUCCUCUACGGGUAAUCCUUCUUUCCAAGCAGAAAUUCGAAGAGAAUGUCAACCUGAAAUUUUUGAUCCUUCCGACAUCAAUGACGAGGGUGGAGGAGGAUGGGGUGCAUGGUAACGAUGGCGUUAUUGGGGACAUUAUACAUCCAAUUGAGCGAGGAAUAAUUAAAGACUGGGAUGCAAUGGAAGACCUGUGGCGCUAUACUUUCUACACCGGCCUUGGUUGGGAACCUGGCAACGAAGGACAGCUUCUUGUUGCCGAACCUUUGUUGACUCCUAAGGUCUCACGCGAGAGAAUGGUUCAGACAAUGUUCGAGACUUUCAACGUUGGUGGUCUUUAUGCAGUGGAGCAGGCUGUGCUCUCUCUUUAUGCUGUAGGCCGCAUUACUGGUGUCGUUAUUGAUGCUGGGCAUGGAAAGAUAGAUAUUGCUCCUGUAUGGGAAGGGGCCAUACAGCACAAUGCUGUGAAGCGUUUUGAAAUUUCUGGUCAGGAUCUUACCGAUUUCCUUGCGAAAGAGCUUGCACGGUCACAACCUGAUGUGAAGUUAGACCUUGCCACUGUGGAGAUGCUUAAGGAAAAAUAUGCGGCGGUUGCUGAAGACUCAUCAGCUUAUGUCGCGACUGCUGAAGCCUGUCCUAAGAUACAACACACACUUCCUGAUGGGCAGGUUAUUUCUGUUGGUAGAGAAAGAUACGAUGUCGGCGAAGCUCUGUUACGGCCUUCUAUCUUUGGAAUAGAAGAAGAUGGUCUGGCUGAACAGUUGCUUCGCAGCGUAUCAACGUGUUCCCCUUCUGAGAAUCAGCGGCAGCUUAUUGAAAACAUCGUUUUGUGUGGAGGCACCUCUAUGAUAAGGGGUUUGGAUUCACGAUUUCAGAAGGAGGCCGUUCUAGUGGCGAAUCCUUCAGUGCGACCGUCAUUGAUUAAGCCGCCCGAGUACAUGCCUGACAAUACUUUGAUCAAUUCUGCAUGGAUGGGUGGAGCAAUUCUCGCCAAAGUUGUCUUUCCUCAGAAUCAGCACAUCACCAAAGCUGAGUACGAUGAAGCUGGCCCUCCAAUUGUUCACCGGAAGUGCUUUUGAUCACGAUCACAUUCCGAUCUUCCACCUGGUGGUCCAUUACGAUGUGCUGGUGGCUAAUUUAUCGAGAUUAUCUCUAUACUGUGGGUAAGUUUCAUGUCUCAGGAUGCUUAAGAUAGGGCGCUCUCUAUGUCUAGCAACUUGCUGAGUAUUUUAAGAACCAUGGAUAACCUCCUCUGAAUUAGUGUUUGAUGAGCAACACUAACCAUAGAAAGGUAGACCAGACUAUGGUGGCUAAAAGUCUGAAGCAACUUCGGAAUUUUAGCUAUCUGUCAUAGUUGGUACUCACUGCUCAGGUGCUUUACGCGUCUAGUUUUGUACUAUGAUUCUGGCAGUUGUCUCGACAGUGAAACACAUGUAACAAAACCUGCUCCUUCGCGCAAGUCCAGACUGCCUUACCCGCUCAAUGUGUUGGGGCUGACGCCGUGACGGUUCACUAGCGUGCAUACGUAUGGAAGCAAAUUUGACGACUGGGCUGGCCAUGGAUAUGUUUUCACAGAUUUUAAAACCGCUGUAGUGAUCUAGCAUGUAGUCCAAUGUAAAGACCUCCUAUGGACUUGUUAAAAAAUCAACUGGUAUUUGUCACCAGCUUUUGAUGUCAUUACUUUGACAUUCUUAUGAUCAAGGAUAGUCGUCAAGUUGUAGCUUGCCAAGCUUGUCAUUGUGUUUUAGAUCUACUCCUACAUUGUAGUACCUACUUCAUUGAAAUGUGUUUUCAACUUUGGUGUCAACCACAUGUACCACCAAAUUGAACAAGUGAUAUCACUUUUCGUGCC